AUGAGUUAAUUUUAGAGACCGACUUCAUCAAGAAAAGGCACAAAUAAUCUCCCAACCCAAUCAGGAGAUUUAGAAGAAUAUAUACAAAUAUUAUACGAUCAUUAAAAGAGCUGUGAAAAAGCUGGCAAGUAUUUGGAAGCUGAUCAAGCGAAGAAAAGACUGGCAGAAUUAAAGAAAGAAUUAGAUCUAAAAAACAAAGGAGGUGUCAAAGAUAGACACUACUCAGAGAAACAAGAGAUUGAAAAAGCACAUCUUGAAGAAUUCAAUUAAUUUAAUUAGUUUUGGGAUGAUAAGAUGGUAGAGUUUGACAACGAAGCUCAAAAAGUGAAGGAAUAAACUCUGUAAAGACAAGAAGAAGAAUUAAGAUAAUUUUCAGAAGAAUUAGAAAAUAGCCUUCCUGUAAAACCAAAGGAUUCAGCUGAGCUUUUGGCCUUGAAAAAGACUGAAGAAUAAUUGGCUAGACAAGAAAAUUAUUUAGAGGCUCAUGUCAUUCAGUCAAGAAUCUAGGCCUAGGAAAGAGAUGAAUAUGAGAAGUGGACCUCCUGUAGAUAGUAAAAGAUUAGAAAUUUGAUUACUCAAUUAAGACAGAAACAAAUUAAUGAGUUGAAUGCUCUAACAUAGAGAAUCUUGAGUGGAUAAGAGGAAUAAAGAAAAAUUCGAUCUCAAGAAUUAGAAAAGUUACUGUAAAAAUAUUAAAAUGUGAGAAAAGAACUAGAAAGCCAAUAAACUCAAGAGAUCACUAGACUUGACAAGACAAACAAAACAUAAUCCAUUAUGCAACAAUCCAGAAUGAAUCAAUCAAGGAUGCAAUCAAGCUAAACCAAGGAUGAGAAUCAUUAAAAUGCUUUUAUUAUAUAAAAUUAAAAUUCAAUAUGGGUUCAGCAUGCAUUAAAAAGCAACCUAAUACCUAAAGAUAAUAAUAACAGCGAUAAAUUUAAUCUCGCCAAUCCUAAAGUACAAAUGUAUCCACUCAUUAAAACACACAACGUCAAGCUUCUGAAUCCCAAUAACCUUUACAACAAACAAAUCAGAUACAUGUUAAAGAAAAUUCAUCCAAGCCAUAAAUAAACAGUGGAGUAAAUGUUGACUUUAAAUUAGUUCACUUCACCAAGAUCUGAUCUAAAUGAUAAGUCUAUAGGCAGCAAGAAUGAACUAACAAAAGUUGAACCCUUGAAUCAUCGAUUUCUCUAGCAGGAGUAGGAUAAUUAUCUUUUCAAAAAUAAUGACGCCCCAGAUUCUGAUAUUGCAAUUUAAGUUAAAGAACCAGAUUUUACUAAUUCAAACGUAGCCAAAAUAUUUAAAUCUCUUCCUCCCUUUUAAUAUGAUCCUGACUUGAAUAAAAAAUUUAAUGAUUGCAUUUCUCUACCUCCUCAUUAAUUCAUUAGCACAGGCAUUAUAUAUGUAGGCCAAUGGAGAAAUAAGCAAAAGCAAGGCAAGGGGCGUUAGUAUUGGCCAGAUGGCACCUACUAUGAGGGCUAUUGGUAAAAUCACGGAGCCAAUGGCAAAGGAAGAUUGAUUCGUUCUGACGGCUCAUAUUAUGAAGGAGAGUGGGUAGACGAUUUACAAUGUGGAUUUGGCAAAUAUGUGGAUAGCGAAGGUAAUAUUUACGAAGGAGAGUGGCAAGAUGAUGAAAAGCAUGGCUAGGGAACAGAGACCUGGGUAUCUGGAGAUACUUAUACAGGAUAAUAUUAAGGAGGUAUGAAGCAUGGAAAUGGAAAAUAUCUUUGGUCUAAUGGAAACUGCUAUGAAGGAAGUUAUUUCAAAGAUUACAUUGAUGGAUUUGGCACCUACAAAUGGCCAGACGGACAAGUCUAUACUGGAGAGUGGUUGAAGAACCAAAUGAAUGGCAAAGGUACAUUUAUUUGGGUCAAUGGCAAUAAAUAUAUUGGUGAUUACAAAGAGGAUAAAAAGGAAGGUUACGGAGUCUUUUCUUUCGCAGAUGGGAAAACCUACAAAGGAGCAUGGCAUAAUGGUAAAUAGCAUGGAAAAGGAAUUUUAAUUGAAGCAAACGGAACAGAGAUUGUUGGUGUUUGGGAUAAGGGUAAAUUAGUUUAAUAAGAUUGAAUUUUUAAAUUUUAGAUAUUUUCCCUUAAUAAAUAUUACUUUGUUGCUAAA